CGCCAACUCGCAUGGUGUAUCUGCUAUAGCAAAUUUUAAUUAUUUAGCCUACAGGAGCUUCGGCUGUGCUGGGCUCUUCUGAGGUGUCUUGGCACGUGUGUUAAUGUAUCGAUCGAUUGAAUGGCUUCCCCUAGUCUGCGAGCAGCUCUCGCUCAGGCGAUUCCAAAAGAUGUAGAGCUCAUUAUCCGCCAUCUGGCCACUGACCCGACGCUUUGUCCCGCACUUUUCUCUCCGCCACCUGGACAAAGUGAGGAGCCCACGACUUGUGAAAACCAUUUCAUUACUGUGUCGAUUCAGCCAGAGGUGCCUAGAGAUGAUACCAGGGACAAUAAUCGAGUCGAACUAUUUAUCUUCGCAAUCGAGAUAUUGGUUUUCACCACUGCAAACCUCACAACCGUUUUUGUUUCCAAGGCUGAUUCGACUGGAUAUCUAUACCGGUUGAAGCUUCCACCCACCGCGAAAUCGUUGAUGCGCAGUAUUUCAACCUCGUUCCUAUCGCAUAUUGUCUCGUCACAUCAGAGGCCCGGCAUUAGACUUGUUCUUUCUCUCUUUGCACGCGCACAAAACCAGUACCUCUUCCCGGGUAGCGUGGAGAAUCCGCGCAAGCAUAUUUUGGAUGAUCGGGGACUGGUCAAAUGGUGGUGCCGCGUGGUAGACCCCAUCCUUAGACGCCACGAGCCUGAGGCAAAGGUGGAUGCGAAUGGCCACCCAGCAGAGGAGCAAAAUCGCGAUACUGAAGCGCAGACCACCUCAGCAACGGCGUACCUCAUUGUCCCGGGCUGCGACAAGUUCGAGUCUAGGACCUUUUUCCCUCCAUCCGCAAAAUCGGAUCCCCAGACCCGACCACGCUGGCUCAAUUCGUAUCCUCUGCACCAAAUAUGUGGAUCGCAAAAUGCGCCACCCCGUUGCCAAGUACCGCGUUUUCCAGAUGAUCCAAAAGCCCGGUUCCUCCUGGAUCUCGAUUAUGAAGUCCCUGAUGUUACAAAUGAAUCGAGCACCGGACGAUGGCGCAGCAUCAAGACUAUAGAUCAAUUUUGGGAGAUGAUGGCGUAUAGACAAGAGUGUUCUUCUGGCAGAUUGGUUGGGUUCUUGUGGGUGGUCAUAAAUCCUCCAGGACUUUUGAACUCUGUUCCCAUGAUAUCUUCAACUUCUCAGAAUGCACAUAACCAAACAAAGCGGGACAUCGAAUCAACGCCUAGCAAAGAUGCCACCCUAGAAUCUUCGGCCUCGGAGUCGAAGGUAAGUGGACAAGUUAGAAAUUCAACCGCGGAAGAUUACCAUAACGAGUUGUUACCGCAAAAUGACGUCAUGACCAAAGACCCACCAACAUGCCCAACUAGCGCUUCAUUCGAAGGUGACACUGGUAUAAUAAAACUAGACGACAAAAGUUACCACGACCUCGUGGGCCUACUCAUUGAACUUGAUUUCGACAACGAGAAAACAGCUAUCGAAAGCACAGGCUCUUGGAUUUCCAAACUUUCCACUCUGAUUGGUCGAAACAACCACGGAGAAGAGGUGAUAGGUGAAUCCCUACCUGUUGAAAACUUCACGCACCAACCUGCAGACGCUUCAAAACUGCUAAGAGGAGGAUUGAUCAGGAAACGGAAAAAGGAUGCUGGAGAUACUGGAACUCCAAGCGUGCAUGGAAAGGAGCCGGAUUCUUCUUCUGUUGUGGCUAAUCUUGAAGGGCAUGAUGACCAGCAAAGGCAAUCACCCAACAGUGGCCCACAGAUAAUGACUCCUACGAUCAACGUUCUCAAUGCAUCUGUGAUUAGGAAAAAGAAGAAGCAAGAAGAAUCCUAAAAUGAUUUUACUUUUAAAUAUUCUUAUUGCGUUAUUAUUUGUGACACAUAUUAAUACUUUUCU